CUGCCGACGGUGUCGCUCUCCCGCGCUCCCCGCCCCCAGCCCGCUGAGGACCGCUGGGCUGCUUCCCAGCGAGAGGCGCGCGGGGUUCGGCUGCUCUGGGCCCGCCCCCUGCCCGCUGCCGCCCCUGCUCCCGCUCCAGCGUCUGCCUGAGUCACGGUGGUGUGUGCUCCCGAGCCUCUGGGCCCCGGUGCGACUCGCGGAAAUCGGAUAAACUGUUGAGGAUGUCCGAGCACCCAGAUGACAAACCUCACCCAGGUGACUCCAAGCAAACCCUGCCGGAUGGUGUAGAUGGGGCUGAUGAAUCCGUCCGGAAGAGGAUCCGGCAGAGCACUCCCAGCCCACAGAGACUGCCAAGGCCUCAGUCUAGUCCUCCUCGAUUUGUGUCAGUGGAUGAACUCAUGGAGACCGCCAAAGGAGUCACCAACAUGGCACUAGCCCAUGAAAUUGUAGUGAACGGGGACUUCCAGAUCAAGCCACCAGAAAUGCCAGAAGACAGCUUGGAAAAUAGAGUCAGGGAGAUUGUCCACAAAGCCUUCUGGGAUUGCUUGAGUGUCCAACUAAGUGAAGAACCACCAACUUAUGACCACGCCAUCAAGCUUGUUGGGGAGAUCAAAGAGACUCUCCUGUCUUUCCUGCUGCCUGGUCACAGUAGAUUGAGAAACCAGAUCCGAGAAGUUCUUGAUCUCGACCUGAUAAAGCAGGAGGCGGAGAAUGGAGCCCUGGACAUUUCCAGGCUGGCUGAAUUCAUUAUUGGGAUGAUGGGAACGCUCUGUGCCCCAGCUAGAGAUGAGGAGAUUAAGAAACUGAAGGACAUUAAGGAAAUAGUUCCCCUUUUCAGGGCAAUGUUUUCCGUGCUAGACCUAAUGAAGGUAGACAUGGCUAACUUUGCUGUCAGUAGCAUUAGGCCGCAUCUCAUGCACCAGUCAGUUGAAUAUGAAAGGAAGAAGUUUCAAGAAUUUUUCGAGAAACAACCAAACGCCCUUGACUUUGUCACCCAGUGGCUACAAGAGGCCUUGGAAGACCUCAUCAGUCAGAGGAACAAGAACUCCCUGAUGGCCGGGGAGGGUGCUGUGGGCUCUGAGGAGAGGGCGGCGCCAUGCCCUGCCACCAUUCAGAAUCAUGCCUACCUGAAGCUUCUGAAGUGGGACCAUCUGCACCGACCCUUCCCGGAAACCGUCCUGGUGGACCAGCCCCGCUUCCAAGAGAUGCAGCAGGAGCUCGAGAGGCUCAUCAUAGUGGGGGCCACCUUGCUGGUCACUUAUAGUGCCUCAGGCCCAGGGGUGUCCAGCCUAGCAGGCUUUGCAGAGAAACUCAAGAUGGUCGUCCAGGUCCUGCUGACAGACACGCAUCUGCCUUCCUUUAAUCUGAACGAGGCCCUCGCCACCAUUGGGGAGAAGGUGUGCGUGGAGGUGACUGGCUGCCUGGCCCAGUGUGGAUUCACCCCUCUCAGCGCCGACAAGGAGAUUGCCCUCAAAGGGCAGAUCCAAGCCAUUGCCGGCCCCGACGACCCCAUUCGCAAGCUCGUGGAUGCCAGGAUCCGGGCCUACUUGGAGGCAUACCUUGCCUCCGGGCUCCACAAGUCCUUGCCUGCUGUUCCUGGGGGCUUGGGCCCCAUCCAGAAAGAGCUGGAAGAAGUGGCCGUCAAGUUUGUUCGUCUGGUCAACUACAACCGGAUGGUUUUCGGUCCUUACUACGACGCCAUCCUCGGUAAAAUACUAAAGCCAGAGGGUCCCCUCGCCUCGGUCAGCUCCUAGGGGGUCCCCCUGCCAGCCGUUUAGCAGUAUUUAUUUAGCCGGCCACCGACCCCUGACCUCUACUAUAAUGUUGCUUUGGAAAACGGCUUCUCUCUAAUCCAUUCCUCUUUCUCAGCACUGACCCUAAAAGGGAAAACGUAUCUCCGUAGACCCCACCCCCACCCCGAAAAAAAAAAAAAAGAUGGAACUGUGCACUGAAUUCCGUUCUGGGGGCUAUACGUGUUUAUGAGUGUGUGUUUACAAGCUGAAGGAACUUCUGUUCCCGUGAGCUCUCAGGAGGAUGCUGGGCUCCAGAGGAGCUGAGCUGACCCCCAGGGGGCCCCACCUCUUCUGGGUCAUGAUGGACCUUGGUAGCUUGCAGGCUCACAUUCUCUCCUGGAAGCACGAGCUCACUGCAAGUCCUUGACCCCUUGGAGAGCUGGGGCGGGGGGUGGGGGGUGGAGAGGAGCUGGACGACAGGGAGACUUGCCUCUGGCCUCGCUGCUGCUCCUGGUUUUCCUUCUGGAGGCUGCUCCCUGCCAGGCCAAACGGGCCCUCUGGGCACUGGAAGGAGUCUCAUUUUUCUAGAGUUCUUUCUGGUUUAUAGGAACUUGCUCUUUGCCACAGAAGGAACCCCGAGUCUGGAUCGUGACAACUCAGACCUCAGGAGAAGGGAAAUGUCCUUGAUUUUUUUUUGAGCGCUUGGAAUCUGGGAAUUCAUUUUUUAGGGGGAAAGAUGUAAGUCUGGUAUCCCCCAGAGGAUGGGUGACUUUCUCCUGAGGCUUAGAUUGAGAUCUUAGGAAGUAGCUGGACAGCUAGGGAGGGACGGGUCCGGGGGAGGGCUGGAUUUUCUGAGGUCACCAGCUGAAGUCCUGCAGAUGAGGCUGUGGUUGGGAUGCGUGGUUUCCAAGCAGCCUUGGGCCCAGCUACCUCACUAGCUUGGGAGACAGCCCUUUGAAGCUGCCUCGCUGGACAGUAAGUGGGUCCCAGGGAGAGCAGAAGGUUCCUCUGGGGCCUGCUAAGUUUGUGUGGGAUCCCACACUGUCUCCUAGACUCAACCCUUUAAAUAUGUGUAGUGUGGCCAGGCGGAGUAUCCCCCAUUGCCGGCACCCGCCUGGCCCGAAACCUUGGGGCAGAGCAGGCCUCACUGUCCCUUAUGGUGUGAUCAGGGACGGGACUCGGGGUUAGCUUAGGCUACAAGCUGUAGUAACGGCCUGUGCUCUGGGCUCAAAGUCUGAAGGUCACCUGAAUCGCUCAGGUCAGAAGGCAGCUUCUGAGGAUCCCAUUCAAAGGCAACUUUUAAGUAGCUUCUUGUGGAGCUAUGGGGGAAAAUACAGAAAGUGCAGGAUUUAGGGCUAAAUCAGACCAUUGACCAGCAGGAGCAGAAACGUGCCUUGGAGUCCAGGGUUUGGGAAACGGAUUCAGAAAGGCCUAGAUGCUGGGGGGCUCUUUGGGAGCCCGGGCUGGGCAGAGACUGUAACAGAGCCUCCGGGCUGAGCUCCCGGGGGGCAGGCCGGCAGCUGGGUUCUGUUGGGAGGGGUGCCAGGAGGGAAGCAAACCCUCUGGGGGACUGACACCCGACCCACUGGAGCGGCCUCAAUCCUGCCCCUUGGCGAGUGGAGAUUUCUGAGGUUCCCAGGGUCGCACAAAGGACUCUGGUGAAGCCCAAGAGCAGAGGAGGAACCGGACAAGGGGCUGGUGACGGCUUUGAAACUUGAGACUCUCCGGUUCCCCUUUCUCCUUGGAAGGGGGGGGGGGAAGAGCAAAUUCGGCCCCAGGGGAUCCAGGGAGACCGGGAAGGGAGGACUCCGGAACCAGGCCUGUCAAUGAGGAGGCCUCCGGCAGGCUUAGCGCCCAGCACUGCGAGUCACCUCGCCCUGUGUUUUGUUGCUGCUCUUUUACAGCCAGUGAAGCCUGCUCUUCUCAGAAGGCUGUUUUUAGAUGCACAAAGUAAAACGAAUAGGAUUAUAAAGGAAACCAAGUACAAAUGCACCACCAAUUCUUUUUAAGAACCAAGUUUGAGGACUCCAGCUAGAGCCCCCAUGCUGGAGGGUCCAGAGCCGCGGGCUGGGUCUUGGAGGGAAGGGGGGCCCUGGGAAAUCGUACUUUGGGCUUGAGAAGGCCCGCGUACUGCUUCUGACAGUGGAGCCUUUGGUGGCAUCUCAGGGUAGGGGUGGGGGGCUCAGAGGCAGAGUGGGGGGUGGCACUUUUGAGUCCUGGACACAGGGAGGUCAGACCAAGAAUGUUAUGGAAGAAAGAGCCCAGGAGCCUUUCUCUUCUGGCUCUGAUGAGUCCCCUGGCAAAGGGGGGGCCUAUAGAGCAGCCCCCUCAUGCUUAAGGCCCUAACCCACCCCAAAAGCAAUCAGGCCGCCAGAACAAUGCCCGUGCUUCCCCUGUGGUUCUGCUGGAGGGCAAGGAUGAAAAGGGCCCUCUCGCUUCCUUUGCCAGGGAUUGCUCAGAGGGAGGGUGGGAAAUGCCUGCGGGAUCACAGGAAGCUUGGGGAGGCUGGCUGACCCCUGGGGGGCCUCAGCAUUCCCAAGCAGCUGGACAGAGGCUGGCUCCAUGCAAGGAUGAGGCUGACCAGGUGGGCACCCUGAUCUCUCUGACACUGAAGACGCAGGAUUCUCUGAUGAGCAGAGUUAAGAAUCCACUCAUCCGUGGGCUUUGCUGAGGCCUUUCCCUCGGUGUUUUUGUCCCACGAUCUCACAGAUCUUAGUUUUCUUCCAGAAUUGGGAAAGGAGACAGGCUGAGAUUACAAACCCUUUAACCUUGAAGGGUUUUUGGCUGCGUCAUUGAGCUGAAUUGGGUCACUUGACAGUGAGGACAAGGCAGGCCUGUGCUCACAGAUGCCACAGUGGCAGGAGGUAGAGGAGGCUGAAUUGUUUUGUCUCUUGGCCCCUUCUGGAGUCGGCCAAGCUCACCCUGGCACUGACAGGGGCUGGUAAUGUGGGGGGAACCUUGGAUUUGGAGUGAGACCUCUCAGGCAGGUCACUCAGCCUUCAUGGGCCCCUCCCCUGGAAAACUCGGGGGUUGGACUAGAUGACCUCUGUGGGCCUGGGGACAGUGGGCAUGUUGCAGGCACUUGAGGGUUUGUUUCUCUACCUGUAAAAAUGGAGUGGGAGUUACCAAGAAACAGGGCCCCAGUGAGCUAUGGUCAGUUAAAUGAAAGAUGACUUAGGGGUCAUUUUCUGGAGAAUAACUCCCAUUUUUAUAGCAUUUUAAGGUUUACAAUGUGCUUCUUCCCACCACAGGGUUCUGGAGUGGGUGGUGCAAGUAUUCUUGCCCCCAUUUCACUGAUGAGAAAACUGAGACUUAAGAAGGGGAAAUGACUUGUCCAAAGUCACUAAAAAAAGAGUCCUAACCAGGGCUCAUAGCCUCAGGCCUGCAGACCUGGCGUCAGAUGUUUUUUUCACUGUGCCAUAUUCGUAGUGGUAGCUUGUGAUCUUGUUUUGUUUGUUAAUUUGAUUUUCUCAGUUAACAUUUUAUUUUCUUCCCUCC